AUAUUUGGUAUGAUCUAAAUAAAUACAAAUUCAAAUCACAUAUCCAAACAUAACCUCUGCCCAGAUUGACAGGAAAAAAUGAACUAAAAAUAACCCUAAAAACCUAAUGUGGCAAACACCCCUGCCUCCUGCGCCCCCACUCCACAUUUUAUGCUAGGCUUCUCACUCCGGUUCUGUCGCCGUCGCUGUCUCUGGCAGCUGCUGGAGCUCCGGUAGCUUGAUUCUGCCCUCGUGCUCUCUCUGGGUCCUCUCCUCUCGUAGCCUCUUUAUCAAUCGAGUAUUGUCUAUUGAUUACCAAAUCUGAGAAGUUCACUUACUAGACAAUUUGGAGAGAUAUGCUGCGGAGAAACGUACGGCUAAGAAGAGAGUAUCUCUAUAGGAAGAGCUUAGAAGGGAAGGAGCGUUUACUCUAUGAAAAAAAGCGCAAAAUCAGAGAAGCCUUAGAAGACGGAAAACCCAUUCCCACCGAGCUCAGAAAUGAAGAGGCCACUCUUCGCCAGGAAAUUGAUCUUGAAGAUGAACAAACUUCUGUCCCAAGGACUCACAUCGAUGAUGAGUAUGCUAAUGCAAGUGAAAGAGAUCCUAAAAUUUUGCUGACCACGUCCCGAAAUCCAAGUGCUCCUCUCACACAGUUUGUGAAGGAACUUAAGUUUGUGUUUCCUAAUGCACAAAGAAUGAAUCGUGGUGGUCAGGUUAUUUCUGAAAUUAUUGAAACUUGUCGGGCACAUGAUUUUACAGAUGUUGUGUUGGUCCAUGAGCAUCGUGGUGUGCCAGAUGGUAUAAUUAUUAGUCAUCUUCCAUUUGGCCCGACUGCAUAUUUUGGGUUACUCAAUGUGGUUACUAGACACGACAUUAAGGACAAGAAAGCUAUUGGCACAAUGCCUGAGGUUUACCCACAUUUGAUUCUCAACAACUUCUCAACCAAGUUGGGUGAAAGGACGGCAAACAUCUUAAAGCAUUUAUUUCCAGUGCCCAAGCCGGAUACAAGACGAAUCAUCACUUUUGCUAAUCAGUCUGACUAUAUUUCAUUCAGGCAUCAUGUGUAUGAGAAACAUGGAGGUCCUAAAUCACUCGAGCUGAAGGAAAUUGGUCCUCGGUUUGAGUUGCGACUUUAUCAGAUAAAGUUAGGAACAAUGGAUCAGAGCGAAGCCCAGAAUGAAUGGGUUCUGAGACCGUAUAUGAACACAACGAAGAAACGAAAGUUUCUUGGGGAUUAAUGGCCAGCCUUCCAACUCCCUCACCCAACUCCCUCACCAGAAGCUGUAGACAACCUCAAAAUUUUCAUACCAUGUUCUGUUUGAUCGUAUUUUGUGAGAGAACAUCAUUUUCCUGCGGAAGCUGAUAAUUCAAUUUACGUAUUCCCAGUAGUCACAUUUAUCUUUCUAAUUAAUAUUUAUUUAUCUGAUACAUUGAGAUCAAUAUAUAUUGCCACAAACCUUUGCCCCCUGUA